UGCCCCGAGCCGCCCGCUCGGACUUCCGGUUUGGGAGCCUUACUUGGGAGGCUGGAGAGCCCGGGCCGGGGUCGGGGUUGGACCCCAAGUGGGUGAGACUGCCCCGGAGGCAAGGAUGCGAGGGGGCUGAGGGGCAGCUCGAGAGGGAGAUACUCCCAGGGGUGGGCUGGAGGGCGCCUUAGCCGGGUCAGAGGCCUCUGGAGGGACCGCACGACGGCUCUGGGUGACCCGGCCGGAGGGAGCGGAGACAAAAGAGGCCAGAAUCCCGCAGUCGCCGCUCCUUGAGCUGAGAGCUCGGAGUCCGCGAACCGGCAGCACCUGGAGCCUCUGGCCGACUCCCGAGCACGUCCUCAGGAAGUCCGUUACUACUGCCCCUUAGACUCUCCAACGCAGUGUGACUCUCCCCAAGCCCACUCGGUCCUCGCUUUGGAGCCAAAACCAGCUUCUCUCCUUGCGCGAGGUUUUCCGACAGGAAGAAACUCCUCUUACAGAGAGUCAUCUGCAGGGGACUCUCCAAGGACAUGGGAAGAUAGAUGUAAGCCCUGGAACCCAGACUCUUAAGUGGAGGGAAGCUGUUUUCUGCUGUUAAUGAUGGCCAAAUCCGCUCUGAGAGAGAAUAGCACUAACUCUGAGAGCUUCCGACAGCGUUUCAGGAGAUUCCAUUACCAGGAGGUGGCUGGGCCGCGGGAGGCUUUCAGCCAACUCUGGGAACUUUGCUGUCGGUGGCUAAGGCCGGAGGUGCGCACCAAGGAGCAGAUUGUAGAACUGUUGGUGCUAGAGCAGUUCCUGACCGUCUUACCUGGGGAGAUCCAGAAUUGGGUACAGGAACAAUGUCCAGAAAAUGGAGAGGAGGCAGUGACUCUCGUGGAAGAUUUAGAAAGAGAGCCCGGAAGACCUGGAUCUUUGGUCACAGUCUCUGUGAAGGGGCAGGAAGUGCGCUUGGAGAAGAUGACACCCCCGAAAUCAUCACAAGAGUUAUUAAGUGUUCGGCAGGAGUCAGUGGAACCCCAGCCCAGGGGUGUACCCAAGAAAGAGAGGGCAAGAAGCCCAGACCUGGGACCACAGGAGCAGAUGAACCCAAAGGAGAACCUCAAACCUUUUCAAAGGAGCGGAUUUCCAUUUCCUCAGUCCGGUGUGGUCUCCAGGUUGGAGCAAGGAGAGCCAUGGAUCCCAGAUCUGCUGGGCUCCAAGGAGAAAGAACUUCCAAGUGGCAGCCACACAGGAGACAGACGGGUGCAUGCUGAUCUGUUACCAUCCAAGAAAGAUAGAAGAAGCUGGGUGGAACAGGAUCACUGGAGUUUUGAAGAUGAGAAGGUGGCAGGUGUGCACUGGGGCUAUGAAGAGACCAGAACGCUUCUCGCAAUUCUCAGCCAGACUGAGUUUUAUGAGGCUCUCAAAAGCUGUCAUAAGAACAGCCAAGUGUAUGGGGCUGUGGCUGAGCGGCUCAGGGAAUAUGGCUUCCUCCGGACCCUGGAACAGUGUCGGACCAAGUUCAAGGGUCUCCAGAAGAGCUAUCGGAAAGUCAAGAGCGGCCACCCACCUGAGACCUGCCCCUUCUUUGAAGAAAUGAAAGCCCUGAUGAGUGCUCAGGUCAUUGCCCUGCCCAAUAAUGGCCUGGAAGAAGCAGCCUCUCACUCUUGCCUGGUGAGCAAUGAUGCUAAGACUGAGGAGCCAAGGCGCAGGGGCUGGCAUGAGGAGGGAGCAGAAGAGGCUGUGGCUCAGGAGUCUGACAGUGAUGACAUGGAUCUAGAGGCGACCCCCCAGGACCCCAACUCAACUGCAGCUAUCGUGUUCAGAAACCCAGGUGGUGUACACUGGGGCUAUGAAGAGACCAAGACUUACCUUGCAAUUCUUAGUGAGACCCAGUUUUAUGAAACCCUCCGGAACUGUCACCGCAACAGCCAGCUGUAUGGAGCAGUGGCUAAGAGGUUACGGGAAUAUGGCUUUCUUAGGACCCCGGAGCAGUGUCGGACCAAGUUUAAAAGCCUGCAAACCAGCUAUCGGAAAGUUAAGAAUGGCCAGGCACCAGAGACCUGUCCCUUCUUUGAAGAGAUGGAUGCUUUGGUGAGUGUCCGGGUUGCUGUCCCAUCCAAUGAUGGCCAGGAAGAAACAGCUUCUUGCCCCAUCCAGGGGACCAGUGAGGCCAAAGCUCAGAAGCAAGCCGAGGAGGUAGAUGAGACCACAGAGGAAGAUUCUGAUGAUGAAGAAGAUACCGAGAUACUCCCAGGGGCUGUCAUAACCCGUGCUCCAGUGUUAUUCCAGAGCCCCUGUGGUUUUGAAGCUGGAUUUGAGAAUGAAGAUAAUUCAAAAUGGGAUAUUUCUGAGGAAGUACAGUUGCAUAGGACAUUACUUGCAAGGUCUGAAAGGAAAAUUCCUCGGUAUCUUAAUCAAGGUAAAGGCAAUGAGAGAGACUGUAGAUCAGGAAGACAGUGGGUGAAGACCUCAGGGGAGAAAAGAGGAAAACUGACAUUCCCAGAGAAGAGCUUAAGUGAAGUCUUAAGUCAACAGAGAACUUGCUUGGGAGAGAGAUCAUAUAAACAUCUCAAAUACAGCAAAGGCUUUGGUCCGAAUUCCCUUCUCAUGCAUCAGGAAUCCCACCAGGUGGAAAAUCCAUAUAAAUGUGCUGAUUGUGGGAAAAGCUUCAGUCGGAGUGCACGACUCAUUAGACACCGGAGAAUCCACACUGGAGAGAAACCUUAUAAAUGUCUUGACUGUGGAAAAAGUUUCCGUGACAGUUCAAAUUUCAUCACCCAUAGGAGAAUCCACACAGGAGAGAAACCUUAUCAAUGUGGUGAGUGUGGGAAACGCUUCAAUCAGAGCUCAAGCCUUAUCAUUCACCAGAGGACCCACACAGGAGAAAAGCCCUAUCAAUGUGAAGAGUGUGGAAAAAGCUUCAAUAACAGUUCUCAUUUUAGUGCACACCGGAGGAUACACACAGGAGAGAGACCCCAUGUGUGUACUGACUGUGGAAAGAGUUUCAGUAAGAGUUCUGACUUACGUGCACAUCAUAGAACCCACACAGGAGAGAAACCCUAUGGGUGUCAUGACUGUGGCAAGUGCUUCAGUAAAAGCUCUGCCCUUAAUAAGCACCGAGAAAUCCAUGCACGGGAAAAGCUUCUGUCACAGUCAGUACCUAAGUAAGCCCCUGAGGAUAUAUAAAGGAAAGAGGCUCAAUAAAUGUAUUGUUUAGAAAGUCUUCCA